CGGUGAGCCUGUGAGCGUGUAUGGCUCAAGGCUUAAACUCUUCAGAAGUGAGAACUCAGAUCACCGGAGCUCCACAAUCAAAGUGACUCGGUUCAGGUCCAUGAAUUCAGUAUCAGAUCCCUUAUUUGCUCUUUGAAGUUGAAUCGCUAUCACUCUCAUUUCCAAAUCCCUCGGUUUGUAUUCAUAUCAUAGAUAGAAUACCCGAUGACACGUCGUCGAAAUAUUAUCGUUGCCACUGGAUUGAUAGCCUUUGCAUCUGCUGGGUUGGCAUUUCCCUUUUACAUGGCGUCUUCCAAAAAGCCAGUUAUUGAUCCGGGAAAGCCACUUCCUCCGCAGGCAACUUUUCGAGGUCCUUACAUAAACACUGGUUCUCGAGACGUCGGACCCGACCAUCAAACUUAUAGUAAGAAGUGAUUUAUUUUGAAUGCUCAAACUUACACUAAGAAGUGAUUUGUUUUGAAUGUUGCUUCUUAUCAAUAAUGUGCACUGUAAGUCGAUGUUAGUUCAUUUCCAAAGUAGAAGACGACCACAUGAAAUUUCUUUGCCGAAGAAACAAUUAUUCACUUGAUUUAGAAAUUUGCCGAAGAAA